AUGACAUACGGUCAGAUGAUACGAGCACAGGGAAGGGAAGGGAAUGGAAGCAGCGAUCGAGGGAGCGAAAUGUCGGCGCAAGCUCAGACUCGAAUCAAACCUCGAGGCGCAAAGGCACCAUUAGAUCAGCAGCAGCAGCAGCAAGAGCAGCUGAGCGAGCAGGCGUUUCACCGCUUCCCGAGAGCGGCGGUACGUACGGGGAUCGGGAUCUACAGCUCACCGGCCUCUGGGGCUCGACCUGCUUUGCGCUCGAAGAUCAUCGAUGAGUUGGGACGAGAUCGAGGCUCGUGUCCAUGGUGGCUGUCGGAUCGAUGGCGGCUCGUUCUGAUGGUGAUGGUUCUCGUGGUGGGUCCCGACGAUGAACAAGAGGACACUCAAGUACUUCAGCGCACGCUAGGAGGCAGGCAGGCAGGCAGGCAGGCCCGCCAGCCAGCCCGCAUGAUGCGCAGGACUCAGUUGCUGGGUGGGAAUCUGCAACUUGAACAGGAGGAGCGAUGGUUGUGUUGGUUGAUGAAGUAG